AUAUUGUGGAUUGUGGUGACUUCAAUUCCUCGUGGAUUUUUGGCGGUCGUAAGUUGUGUUGUGUGUAGACUGUGAGUACUAGAGUGUUGUAUAGUGUGUGCGGCGCGGUAGGUAUAGUACGGUGCAAGCUCUCAAUAUCAAAAGUGGAGUUUUGAGCUGAGCUAAUUUUUGGAAACAAAAAAUUCACAAGUGAUAAGAAAUUAACUCAAACAAAAUAUAUGUAAACAAAAAUAAAAGACAACGAAAAAAGGAGAAAAUAUAAAGCGAAUCGAAUUGAAAAACCUCAACAAAUUCUUUUUUUAUGAAUGAAUUGCGAUCAUCUCAUUGACUGGACAACAUUAUGAUGCUAUUAAUCAGAACUUUUCUGAUCAUUUUCGCAUUGCACACAUUGGCAACACAGGCUGAGCUGUCAACUAUCGAAAGAAUAAAGAAACACCAAGAAUGGUUACGACAGCGCGGUCUGCUUAAACCACAUAUUUCGAGAAAAACUUCGCCUACUGACGAUCGUUGGAAGAUCAAAGAACCAACGAAACCAUUAUGGCAGAAAGUAAACAAUAACAACAACAGCCAAAACAAAAUUGAUGAUCCACGAAAAAAUGAUGUCUAUCCGGAAAGUGAAACAACAACCAUUUCCGUCACCACAUUGAGUUCGAUUUCUAAUACAACAGAACUUCCGAUCAUUCCAAUACAAGAAACAACAAUUAAUUCAUUUCCGGUAACAACAACACUUAAAACAACAACAACAGAAGAACCAAAAACAACAAAAACUCCACUAAUUACAACGACGACAAUAGAAUCAACUACACCUAGCAGCACAACAAACAUUCCAUCAACAAUACCAACAACAACAACAACAACGAUAUCGGAAGAAGAAAUUCCAACGACAAUUACAGCCACGACAACAACCACCACAACCCUUAGACCAAAACCAAAACCAAAACCGAAACCAUAUCCUCGUUGGGGCACCUGGAGCCAAUGGAGUGCAUGCUCGCGUACUUGUGGCGGUGGCGUCAUGUCACAGCAGAGAAAGUGUAUUUCAAAGCGUCAGACUACAGGCAAACGGUACAUUAGCAACGACUGCAUUGGGGUAUAUCGGCGUUACCAUCUCUGCAAUGAGCAAGCCUGUCCUUCGACGAAUGAUGAUUUCCGUCAGGAACAAUGCUCUGCUUUCGACGAUGUUGACUUUCAGGGAAGAAAGUAUACGUGGGAGCCGUAUAUCAAAGAUGACGCUGAAUGUGAGUUAAACUGCAAGCCAAUGGGAAUGAAAUAUUUUGCCACACUAAAUAAUAGUGUCAUAGAUGGCACUGCGUGUUUCCGUCCAGCUGAGUACUAUCGCUCAAACUAUCGCGGACGUGCGAUAUGCGUUGGUGGGAUAUGUAAGGCAAUUCAAAGCAGUGGAGUUAUUACUGGACUAUCAGCUAACAGUGGCAGUGUAAGUUGUGGAGGUUUGAUUUGUCGAUCAAUAACCGGGAUAUUUACUCGAAAUCCCUUGCCAGAAGAUGCUUACGUUCAUGUUGCAACGAUACCAGCAGGAGCUUCAAAUAUUUCGAUUACCGAAUUGAAAAAUAGCAUAAAUCUAUUAGUGCUAAGAACUACGAGUACAGAUCAAAAGUAUCUCUUCAAUGGAGAUAAUACAGAAUCACCGAAUGGAGCUUAUGAUGCUGCUGGAGCCGUUUUUGACUAUCGAAGAAUCGACGGAUUGCAAGAUGGUGAAGGGGUCACUGAAUGGAUAACUUGUACAGGUCCCAUUCGGGAAAUGUUGGAACUUAUGGUCUACUCUCGAGAUGUAAAUCCUGGUGUCAAAUAUGAAUACCUUCUUCCCAUAAGCUCUGAUUCCGAAGAAAAUGAAGUUUCCGUUGAAAGCGAUAUGAAUCUUAAGUCCGGCAAUGAAGAAACAGUUCCCGGUCGUCCUAUCCGAAAACGAAAAUUCAAUUGGAAAGUUGUCGGUUUCAGUCCGUGCAGCAAAUCUUGCGGUGGUGGAACUCAAACACCAGUAAUUCGAUGCGUUCGUGAGAAUCCAACUCGAUAUUUCUCACAACGUCGUUGCAGUCAUUCCGAAAAGCCAGUUUUAAAUGAAAAUCUCUUGCGAUGUAACACUCAGCCAUGUCCGGCCUUCUGGAGACUCGAAGAAUGGGGUGAAUGCAAGUGUCAGCAGGGUGAAGGCAUACGAGAGCGUGAAAUCGGUUGUGUCCAAGAAUUGGCAAGUGGAAUUGUUAUCCAAGUGAAUAAUGUUGCUUGUCUAGAGGAAGAACCCCAGACUAAAAAACCCUGUGACUGUCCGAAAAUGGGUCGACGACGAAAUCACCAUCGACACCGAAUGUACAAUGGACGACUUCAAACUCCAGGAAAUAUGACAAUGCCAAAUAACCAAAGGGUAAUUAUUUCGGACAAAGACAAAGCUGGAGUAUGGUUGGUCUCGGAGUGGAAUAAUUAUUGUUCGGCAUCGUGUGGACCGGGUAUUGAAUAUCGUUCGAUUUAUUGUGAUCGUCCUAAAUCGAAUACAGAAAGAUGUGACUUUAGAUUUACACCCGAUACGACGCGGCCUUGUGAGAAUGAAAUCGAAUGUACAACGGGCGAUUGGUUUGCUGGACCUUGGUCGAAUUGCAGUGGAAGUUGUUUUAAUUUAACAAAAACCAGACAAGUGCUAUGUAUACAAAAUCAGUUGAUAGUGGAUAAUGAGGAUUGUAAGAUGGAAUUGAGACCUGAAUCAACACAGAAAUGCAGCCUUAGUGAUGUUGAGUAUUGUUCACCCAGAUGGCAUUAUUCAGCGUGGAGUGAGUGUACAAAAACAUGUGAUGGUGGAACUCAAAGACGACACGUAAAAUGUCUCGAAAUCAAUGUUACCGAAAAUACCCUAACGGAAUCUAUAAAAUGUCGUUACUCUAAAAGGGAACCAAUAUAUCGCAGUUGCAAUUCAUUUGCAUGCAGUGAACCCCGAGUGGAUCUCAUACAAAAUGACAUUGCUCCAACAUGUAUUGACGAAUUCAAUGACUGCCAUCUGGCGGUAAAAGCCAAACUAUGCAGUUAUGAAUAUUAUCAACAAAAUUGUUGUUAUUCAUGUGGAGCAGUUGUAGGAGCUUGAUUAUUUAAAAAUAAAAAUGAAAAAUAAUAAUAAUCGAUGGAAUAGGACUUUUUUUUAUAUAAUAUGUAGGUCUUUAUUUUUAAUUUAAUUUAAAUUUAAAAGUUAUCUUUUUUUUGUUAAUGUUUCUUAAUGAAUUAUGUGUUAAGCACUGAGAAAAAACAAA